UUGGACUACAGGUGAAAAGUUUUCUGGACUACAAGUGAAAUGUCUGCCCCGGCUGGCCGUCCGGACCAGGAGCACUUUGAGAAAUUAUUCACCGUGUUUGACUGCUCUCCGCCGGACGACGUGUCCCACGCCCGGCUGCUGUGGAGCUCGCUGUCCCUCCUCCCGCCGCUGGAGUCCCGGCUGGUGUCCUCGGACAUCCGACAGAGGCUGCCGGUGUCGCGGCCGCAGCGCACCACCACCACCACCACCACCACCACCGGCCCCAAACAGCCGAGUUUAGAGCCCGGUCUCCGGCUGGAGGAGAGGCGGCGGUACGCGGCCAUGGCCGACCAGAGGAGGGAGACCAUGGCUCUGCUGAGGCGGCAGAGGGAGCAGAGGAUGCAGAAGGAGCUGGUGUCUCUGGACUUCAACCCGAAGAUGAAGUCCAAGCUGCUGAAACCUCCAGAGUCCGAGACGGAAGAGGAGCUGGUGAAGCAGCUGCAGUAGAAACACUGAGAAGAAGUGACUGUAAACAUGACUGUAAACACUAUUUUAAUCCAAGCAGAUUAAGUUGGACAUGUUUUGUUUCUAAAUAGGAUGAAUUCUCCAUGAAGUCUGGUGUUGAGGCUGAAUACUGCACAUAUUAUAGCUGUAAAGUGGACUGAAGAUGAGUGAAU